GCGGGGAGGGCCACUAUAGCCGCCUGGGAGCCCAAGCUCCUGCAUCGCAUGGGGCUGUUGGGGCGGCUCGGGAUUGGCGAAGGUUCGAGGGAGCUUGAAGGAUUCAGGGGAGCCCUGACCUAGGCACAGCUCGAUGGCCCUGGGUGAAGAAAAGGCAGAGCUGGAAGCACAUGGAAACACAAAGGCUCAGGGCCCUGAGCCAGAGCAGCUACCUUGCCCGGAAGCGGAGGGAGGGCCUGCCUCUCCUCUAUGCAGGACAAAGGAGCUACCUGCUCUUGCCUGCUGGGCUGAAGCUGACCCGAGUGGCACCUCUGGAAUUUACCUGCCACAGGCCAGUGUGGCCAGCAGAGUAGUAGAAGCUGAUGGGCCAACGCCUGCCCUCAGUAACCUGUUUCCUCCUGCCAUCACAGGGUCUGGAGACUUUUCUGCAGGAAGCCAGGUGGAGGAGAUAAGGCUUCCUGCCUCCCAGGGGUUACCUCAAAUUAUUAACACACCCAGAACUGCAGCCCCUUGCUCAGGACAUGAUGCUGAUACUGGAGGUGACUCAUCCCCAGCUGAUUCGCCCCAGGUGCUGGGCCUCAGCCAGCAGCCUCUCAUCUCAGGUGUCUCUUUCCUGUCACAACGGAAGUCCAUGGUGAGCCCUGGUGCCACAGCCCCUCGCCUGUGCAGCAGUAAUGUCUCUGCUUCUUCCAUGGGCAGCAGUCUUCAGGCAUACCAAGAGAAGGCAGAACCUCAGAGUGGCUCCCUUGCCAAGGCUGCCUCCUCCCUGGAGCUGGCCAUCCCCAAGCAGCCUCCCACUGCAGGGGCGGCAGGACCUCGGCUCCAGUGGUCAUCGCAGCCUGCAGCCCCGGGGGGUGAUACUGCUGGCCUGGGCAGGAGGCGCCUCUCCUUCCAGGCUGAAUAUUGGGCCUGUGUGCUGCCAGAUUCCCUGCCUCCUUCUCCUGACCGCCUCUCCCCAUUCUGGAACCCAAAUAAAGAGUAUGAAGACCUGCUUGACUAUACUUACCCACUGCGCCCUGGGCCUCAGCUCCCAAAGCAACUUGACAGCCACACAGUGGCUGACCCUGUUGUCCUGCAGGACUCUGGCAUAGACCUGGAUAGCUUCUCUGUCUCCCCUACAAGCACUCUCAAGUCACCUGUUAAUGUCUUCCCUGGUUGCCCACUAGCAGAGGCCCCCACCUUACCAUUUUGUGGGCCCAGAGAACCAAGCCCUAAGAAGUGGCCCUCUGGAGUACUCCAGAAGCAGGGAGUACCUCGAAGCCAGCUUGCAUCAACACCUAAAGCCCCUGACCAUGGGGAUGCUGCUUGGGAAGGUAGAGAGACAAGCUUGAGGGGCACAAAACAUCGGCUACCUGUGGGCAAGCAGCUCAAGCUGGACUUUUCCCAAAUGAGGACAAGAGACAGAGAGUGGCCCUUACCCAGGCCAGAGAGGGAAAAGAGGGCCAGCAAGAGUGUCCUGCGCAAUGCCCCAAUGGAGUCUGGAUGGAAAUCAGAAGAGGAGGUGGACAGUGACGAGGAGUAUCUUGCCCUUCCUGCUCGGCUGACACAAGUUUCUAGUUUGGUUUCAUAUCUAGGCACCAUGCCCACAUUAGUGACUCUGCCCACUGGGGCUGCUGAGGGACAGAGCUCUUUAGAAGUGUCAGACAGUAAUGGGCCAGCUUCCCUCCCAUCAGUUUCCAGCCAAAGCCAGCUUCCUUCUGGGGCUGCCCUCCACAGGUCUGGGGCCCCUGAAGGCCAGAACCCACACAACUUCAUAUGUGCCCGGAACUCUGCAGAAGACAGUCUGCUGAGCAGCCAGGCCCUGGGGGACUCCUCUGGACUGCUAAAGUCACACCCCUCCUUGCCAACUGUGUUGGACAAAUGGCCCUUCUCAGACCCAGGUGCCAAAGGGCAUCCUCCCAGAAUAGCAGAAGAACAAAGGAAAGACUCCUUGGUCCAAUGUGUGCAGACAUUUUGCUGUCAGCUGGAAAAGCUGAUCCAUUGGCUGUAUAAUGUCACAGAUGUCACUGACCUUGGGACUCCACCCCGGUCCAGUCUCACGGGUCUCAAGUCUUCUCUGCAGCUUUACCGGCAAUUUAAGAGAGAUAUACAUGAGCAUCAGUCCUUGACUGACAGUGUCCUAGAGAAGGGGGAGACCCUGCUUCAGUGCCUGUUGGACAAUACACCAGUUUUGAAGGAUGUCCUUGGAAGGAUCUCAAAGCAAUCUGGUGAACUGGAGAGCCAUGCAGAUCGGCUUUACGACUCUAUCCUCGCCUCUCUGGACAUGCUGGCUGGCUGCAGCCUCAUCCCUGACAGUAAGCCAGUGGCAGCCAUGGAGCCCCCAUGUGCAGGGGUUUAACCAGGCACCUUCAGCAAAGCUGCAGCUGUUCUUGGAAAGAAAGAAAUUUAUAAGAAAUCCUGGCAAGAACCACUUAACAGUUAAUUAAGGGGAAAAGCUUAAUAUACUAGCUUUAAAAAUGCCUUUCUCUUAUAGAAGUAAGGGCUAUUGAAUUACUGUUUCUAUUACAAUGAAUCCUUCCAGACUUAAGGUUUUCCUUUCGGUGCUUCUCUAUAAAAAGCAUGUGGCUCUGUAAUUUUUGAUAAAAUAGUUAAGAUUUACAGAUCUUGACUUCCCUCUUAAGUUAAAAACUGUGGACAAACCUAACUCUUCCACCUGUUGAGGUCACUGACAGAAGACUGAUAUGAGAAAGAAGAUGCUAAAUACAGUAUUUGGAAUGCUAAGGCAUAGGAGAUCCAUAAGACUGAAAAAAGCAAUUGGCUGGACAGAAACCUCAGGUCUUUCUCACAGUUAGACUUAGGUUUUACAUUUCCUCUUUAAAAAAUACCUGAGAAGAGACUUUUGCCAGAGGUCUGCAGAAGAAAACCAGUAAGAGAGUAGAACCUCUGCAAACUACCUUAGCUGUCUUCCAGGCUGAAGUCUCCACCUUCCUACCUAGCUGAGAUCCCUUGAAAGGGGACAUGGAAAACUAUGGUACUUCAGCUUGGUUAUGACCUGAUUAAUUAAUUGAGCUGAUCAAUUAAUCAAGCUUAAAGGUGAUUCUGGGAAAAUUCAUCAGACCCUUUAGCUUUCCCUUGGACUAGCACUGUAUAAGGCUGGGAAAGAGAAUGGAUAAGGUAAUGUAACAUGUCACUAUAAAUUCACAGCUUACAGGUUCUUGUCUUUUUCUUUGCUCUGUCAGAACAUGUUUGUUUUUGUUUUUUGUUUGUUUGUUUGUUUUGGUGGAACCGGGGAUUGAACUCAGGCCCUUGCCAGGGAUGCGCUUAUUCUACUGAGCCAUCUGCCUGGCCUUCCAUAUCACUAUAGAAACAAGCUGUCAAGAUUAAAGAAUUCUUCAUGUUCUGUAUAGGUUUUGAGUAAACAAAAGCAAGCAGAAAAAAAAAAAAAAAAAAAAGCACAAUACAGUAGUCUCUAAAGUUCUAUUAAAUGAGAUUUUUCUGCUUCAAAAUUUCUUAAAAGACAGACACUGGAAAUAACUAUUAAAUUCUAAUAUUUAAAAACUGGCCAUUCAGCAGUAGCUACACAUAAAGUAUUUCAAGUGCCUGCUGCUACUGUAGUAACAUAAUGUAGGUUUAUCAUAAAUUUAAGGACACAUUCAGAAUUAAACUUCUACGAUUCUGCCAUCUCAUAUUACUCUUGAUUGUAUAAAUGCUGAGAUGAAGACAGGAAACAUCUCCCUGACCACCCCCCUAUACACAUUUCUUCAAAGCAUAGAAUUGGUUAAAAAGUCAGAUAUGUGUAAUAUAUUCUUAAAGUGAUGAACCUCUUUGAUGUGGCUAUAAACUGGAAUAUACAUUGAGUAUGUUAGAGCAGCCCUGAAGAAUUAAAUCCAUUUGACAAGCAUGAAAAUGGCAUUUUUGAAGAUGAUAACCUUAUGGAAACAAACUGGCUAUUAUGUAUCAAUUGUGAAUGUAGAAUUUGGUAUUCUUACUACUGUUCACUAUAAUAAUAACUUUAAAUGACAGAAUUAUUUUGGACCACUCCUUUUCCCAAAGUGCUACCUUAUCUACAGAUGAUUUAAGAUACUUUUGUUCAUCUUGUUUGAAAUACAGUGUGACUGAGUGCUCUCUAAUGUGGCUCCAAAUGCCACAGGAGUAUUAACAUGACUGUUACUUCCAUGUUCAGCUAUUCAGUUUGAUACCUCUCUUAAAACUCAAGCUGAAAAUGCUUCAACCUAAGAAGAUAACCUCGGCAUGGUAGCACAUCCCUGUAAUCCCAUCACUGACAGGCUAAGGCAGCAAGAGGAUUAUUGGGAGUUGGAGGUCCAUCUGGGCUACAAAGUGAGCUCAACUUACUGCAUAAAGAUACUCUGUCUCAUGGGCCAGGGAGAUGGCUCAGUGGAAUAAGCGCUUCCCUGGCAAGCGCAAGGGCCUGAGUUCAAUCCCCAGUUCGAAGGAAAAAAAACUCAAAAGAACUAAAAACACUUAAGGUACAUUUCCAUCAGCAAACAUUGCUAGGUUAGAUUUAAGUAGCCAGGCAGGUUGGCAUGUUGUGUUGCCAUAAUCACGUUUUUAAUGGAAUCUGUCUAUAGCAAAGUGGCAAAACUAACGGCUACCAAUUUCAAGACUUAGUUCUUGUUUUGGGGUUUUUUUUUGGGGGGGGGGGGGCAGAAGCAAGGAUUGAACUCAGGCCCUUGCGCUGACCAGGGAAGCGCUUACUCUACUGAGCCAUCUCCCCAGCCCUCUAUUAGUUCUUGUUAUACAUACUUGGCUAAGCUUCAGCAAAUAUGACUGUUACAAGACAGGGCAGUAUUUGAAAUAAUGUGGGAACAUGAAGCGUUGCUGUAAGACACCAUGGAAAGGCAACACAUAUGUGAAAAGAAAGCUCUUAUAUCCAAGGUCAGGGAACGGGAAGUUAGGGCUCAGACGAUUAUGGCUGCCCUUCUGUAAGGAUUGUCCCAAGGUUGCCCCUGCUUUAAACAGGGUAAGCUAAAUUAUGACAGCCACUUAUAUUUGAAACAAGACAGGUGAUAAUUCCCUUUAUUAUGUGAACCAUUUAAAGGGCAUGGCAGCCUUGAAAUGUCUAUACUUGAAAAUGGGGUUAGAAGUGAGAAUAUAUUUUUUUCAAAAAUGGAUUUAUUGGAAUAUGCAUAAAAAUAGUGAAGCAUGCUGAAAUGUGUUAAAUCCUAAUUUUGACUGCCAUAAGGAAAUGAACAUUAAGAUUUUCCAAACUAUGGAAAUAUGUUCAUAUAUCAAAAUAACUCAUGUAACAUUUUGUGAUAACAUGCCAGUGAUCUGCGUUUUAACAAUUUUUGCUGUAUAAUUCUAAAACGCAUAGCACAUUUGUUUUGUAUCAUUUAGCUACUUUAGAAAAGUUUGAAUUCUUCCCCCCCCCUUUAUAUAAUGUAUUAAUAAGGGAAAAAAACUUUUUAAAGCAUUAAAAAAAUAAAA